GGCUCCAGCAGAAGGUUGGUCUGCCCCACCACCAAGAGGCCAAGAGGAAGAGGGCCCCAGAGACAGAAUCACAAGAGCCCAUGACAUGGGUCAGACCUGGCUCCCAGUCAGAGGAACACAAGAUUCUUGGGCACUGAGGAACCCCAGACUGAGCCGACAGCCAGACCCCACUUGUGCUAGCCCCAUGCUCCUCAGGCACUGACGCGGAGAUGGCACUGACCCAGGGGCUGCUCCCCAUCAUCCUGCUGGCUCUGUGCUGGGGGUCCGGCAUGGCAGCAGCCCAAGGGACCACCCCGCUGAGGACGCUGCGAUGCCACAAUGACUACGACAGCCGCAUCACCUGCAGGUGGGCGGACACACGCGCCGCCCGGCGCCUGCUCAAUGUGACCCUCCACCGCCGCCUCAACUCGGACCCUCCUCAGCCAGUGUCCUGUGACCUCAGUGAUGACAAGUCCUGGUUAGAUGGCCCGUGUCCAGACUGUGUGCCCCGAAAAUGCAUCAUUCCCUACAAACUUUUCGUCCUUGCGGACACAGACUACUUCUCAUUCCGCCCAGACCGGCCUCUGAGCGCCCAGAUCAGCGUCCCUCUGACCCAGCAUGUGCGCCCCCCUGCGCCCAAGGACCUGCAGAUCAGAGCCUCUGGGGACCAGGUCCUGCUGAACUGGAGCAUGGCCCUGGGGCCUCCCGGCAGCCUCUGGCUGUCGGACCUGGAGUACGAGGUGGUCUACAGGCGACUUGAGGACGGCUGGGAGGACGCCCUCACCAUCUACUCCAACUCCACCCAGGCCGCGCUGGGGCCCCAGCACCUCCUGCCCAGCAGCCCCUACCUGGCCCGAGUGCGCGCCCGGCUGGCCCCAGGCUCGGGGCUGUCUGGGCAGCCCAGCCACUGGAGCCCCGAGGUGCAGUGGGACUCCCCACCAGGGGACGAGGCGCAGCCCCAGAGCCUCCAGUGCUUCUUCAACGGGCUCGACGCGCUCAGCUGCUCCUGGGAGGUGAGGUCCGAGGUGACCAGCUCCGUGUCCUUCUCCCUCUUCUACAAGCCCGGCCCCGACAGAGAGGAGAAGGAGUGCUCCCCAGUGCUGAUGGAGGCCAGCGGCUCCUAUACCCGGCACCGGUGCCAGGUCCCCGUGCCCGACCCCGGGGGCCACGGCCACUACACCGUCUCCGUGCGGCCCAAGGACGAGGAGAAACUCAUCAAGAGCUCCAAGAACAUCCAGCUGGCGCGCCCCACCAUCAAUGUGACCAAGGGUGAACAUGGGUACAUGCUGCACUGGGAGGCAGAGAAAAUGCUCUUUGACUUCAUCGGGCAAACCUUCCAGGUCCAGUACAGGAAGGAUGCAGCCUCGUGGGAGGCUACCAAGGUAGAAUCACUCCAGAAUGCCCACAGCAUGUCCCUGCCACGUCUGGAGUCAUCUACCCAAUACCGGGCCAGGGUGAGGGUCAAGCCCACCCCCAGUGGCUACAACGGGAUCUGGAGCGAGUGGAGUGAGGAGUGCACCUGGGACACUGAGUGGGUGCUGCCCACAUGGGCCAUGCCGCUCCUCCUGGUCCUCAUCACUCUUGCCUUCUUCCCCAUCCUGCGCUUCUGUGGCAGCUACUGCUACAGAUUGGCCCAGCAUUGGGAGGAGAAAAUCCCCAGCCCCAGCAAGAGCCACCUGUUCCAGAACGGGAGUUCGGGGCUCCGGCUUCCCAACAAGGUGCAGGUCCUCAGCAGCGGGCACCCCCCACUUAAGAGGCCCUGGAACAGCCUCAUCCUGGAGCCUCAGGGCGUGUUCCCUGUGGACUUCGGGCGCAGCGAGGUGUCUCUGCUCACCACACAGGACCCUAAGGAUGCCGCUGACUCCCCUUGUGAACCUGACACCAGUCCAGCUGCCUCAGACCCGCCCAUGGCGCCACCCCCCAGUGCCCCACAGGGCCAGUCCACCCCCUCCAGCAGACCUAAGAGCCAGGCUUCUGGCUUUGACUUCAAUGGCCCUUACCUGGGCGCCCCCCACAGCCGCUCCCUUCCAGACAUGCUGGGCUCACAGCUGCCCCCACAGGCCAGCUUGAGCCACAGGACGCCCCCUCCAGGGUCCCUGGAGUACAUGUGUCUGCCUCCGGGGGGCCAGGUGCAGCUGGUCCCGCUGGCCCAGGUCAUGGGGCAGGGCCAGACCCCACAUGUGGACAGCAGGCCCCGUCUAGGCACGGAGGGGAGCCCCUCACUGCAGUCAGGCACAGACCCUCCCCACUCUGCUCCUGGGUUCACGACUGGGGCAGUGGGCCCCAAGGACAGCCCCCCAGCUGUGUCCACCACCUCUGGGCACCCUGAGGACAGCAUCAGGGCCUCUGGUUAUGUCACCCCUGCUGACCUGGCUCUGUCCCCUCCCAUGGGGACCUGGUCUACCUCUCAGUCUCCUCCUCUGGGCCUCCCCUCCUCAGAACUGCACCCCAGCCUCUGUCCUGGCUUAGCCAGUGCACCCCCUGGAGGCCCAGCUCCUGUGAAGCCAGAGCUUGAGGGCUAUGUGGAGCUCCCCCCAACCACAGGCCAGCUUCCCACAUCCCCUCGAGUCAGUUCCACCCCUCUUGUCGCCAGUAGUCCUGUCCUGAGUCCAGGGCAGCCCCCAGCAGAUGUGACCCUGACCUCCCCACAUUCUGAGGGGCUCCUGGUCCUGCAACAAGUGGGAGACUACUGCUUCCUCCCUGGCCUGGCCCACAGCCCUGUCUCUUCCAAGAGCAAGCCCUCUUCUCCGGACCCUUGUCCAGAGAUUCGGGAUCAGGUUUUCCAGAACAAGAAGCCCUGGUGCCAGGCCACACCGCAGCUGCCGGCCAUUCAGCUCUUCAAAGCCCUGAAGCAGCAGGACUACCUGUCUCUGCCUCCUUGGGAUGUGAGCAGGCGGGGAGAAGUGUGCUGAGACCCUAACCCACAGCAAGGGUGGAGGAGAGGCCUGUCCUCUCUCCUGCCCUCCUGGGUCCCGCAGGCCCUCUGCCUUCCACGGUCCUGGCCGCAAAGCCAAGGGGCAGCCUCCGAGCCGGACCAGAUGAGUUGGGGAGAUGGAUCAGCCUCCACCUCCCCUCUCGACCUUCAGCCCAUCACUUCUCUCCUCUCUCUCCCACACACACCCACACGCACACACUCAUUAUUAUUAGGAUUUCACGUAGGCCGGGGCCUGAGUCUCACUGCACCACGCACACUCACUCGCGCGCUCUCGUGUUCUUCACCAGCUGUCCUCUGCUCCUUCCACUACUUAUCAUUAGGGUGAGUUUGAGGUCUGAGCUGAGUCAGUUCUGUGGUGUCAUGUCAGUCAGGCUUCCUUCAGAUCUGACUCUGGGUAUGUCGGAGGAUUGGGUCUGUGGUCUGUCCCUCUGGGGGCCUGAUGCAGGUGACACAUCACACGCAGGUGACACAGCGCCAGGGCAGGUGCUGGAGGCAGGAGGCCCAGGCAGGGCCUUGGGGCUUAGGGUUGGAGAAGCCCAGGACUGGCCAGUGUAGCCCUGAUGUGGCAGCCAGGCACCAUCUCUGUGGCCACUUCACGAAGUUUGCAUGAUAGAGGACAUGCAAGGGAGGAACGUUCCUGAGCUCUGGGGAAGCCCUGUGGAUCACCCCGAGGUGACUGGGGAGUCUCAAGACUGCAUGCCCGGCACCACGGACCUGCAGACAGGCCAAGGGCCAGAGCAGCCUGUGGAGCCGGCUCCCUGCUACACCCAGGAUGGCCAGGGAGUGAUGCCCUUCUAUACCCAGGCAGGUGCGGCCUGGGGAGGUUCGGGAGGACAGAUUCUGGAACCCCUGCCUACUGUGGAAGAGUUAGACACAACUGCUCAACAAAAGGAAAAUGAUCAAAGGGCACACAUAUACUUUAAGGCCUAUUGUCUGAAUCACCAGCUGCCCUUCCCCAGGAAAGACCUUCCCCCACCCAGCCCCAGAGCCGUGGGCCAGGGGUGCUUGGCCUGUGUCUGGACCUGCUCUGGGGCUUAUGGUUCCUUUAAGUAUUUGCCUUUCUGAUAGGAAAAAAAAAUAGCAUUAAGUUGUUUGAUUUUGCGUUAUUAGGGAACUCUCAAGUUUGCACAUAACUUCACAUCUCUUGUCUGUUGGUAUUUUUUUUACUGGGCUUCAUUAAGGACUGUUCUGUCAGGUGUUCCUCUUUUUCUGAUGAACUAUUAACAUAUGGCCUCACCUGGAGGUCGCAGCUUUGUUCUCCUAGUUUGUGCUUGUCUUGAAUUUCAUGCCGCAGGCGUCUGUGGGCACACCUUGUGGUCAGAUUUCACAGUUCCACUAUUGGUGUCAAAUUUACACUCCCCACUCCAAGCGGGCAUUUGUCCUCAUUUUUCUCCUAGUUCUGUGUUUCAGCUUUACUUAAGGAUGUUUGGGAUGUCUGCGUGUGAGCGGGGAGCUCACUCACAGGAGCCAGCAGGUGUUUUUACAUCCUUUGUCAAAUCUCUUCUGAAUUGCCACCUUCUUCUUCUGAAUUGCCACCAUUGUGAUCCAGAAAGUCCAUAUAUAGAGAGCUGAUUUCUAAGCUAUGUUGAUUUCUAAGCAAUGUUAUUACAUCAUUCUCUCAAUGACACCCAUAGCUUUAUGAUGUGUUAACCUGAGGCAGAGCAAAAACUUUUGUGAGUACUCUUCACAAAUACCCAUUUGGUACAGCAAUGACUGUGAUUGAAGAAUAUUAAUAAGCAAUGUAAACAUUCACCAAUAUUGACAUCUACAGCAACAUUCUAGAACAUUCUAAAGUAGAAUCCUGCAUUUGAAAUGAGUGCGAUGGAUGUACAUGUAUUAGAAAGAAGUCCAAGAUAUUAAUUCUAUAUGGUUUGGAUAUUGUUAACUGGGGGGAAAAUGGCAAUAAAAUA